GGAUUUCUACUCUUCAGGAGGUGUAUCAUGUAAAAGCUCACGUACUGAGUUACAAAAAAUAGCAUUUUUUUUUAUCGGUACAGGUUCCGGGUUUCAUUUUUUCUUCUUCUUUUCAUCUCUCUUAAUUGAAACACCAUGUCGCGACAACAAGAUAGUGAGGAGUGGGAGAAUAAACUUAAAGGAAAAACAUUGUUGUUGGAUGAUACCGAAACAACUUUAGGCGCAGAAGAGGUUUUUUGGGCACGUGACCUUCCUGCUGGUCACCGCAUUUUACCUCCAGGCGCUAUCCAAACCAGAGAUUACAGACCGGAUCGAUUAAAUGUGUUUGUGACUGAAGAUUACAAGGUCGAAAGAGCUUAUUUUGCUUAAGAUACCUGCGUAUGUUGAAAUUGCGU